CAAAAUCUCCAUCAAACAAGCGCUUAAGCUUAUUUAACACAGAUAUACGGACACACAUCCAAGCAUUGGCUGUUACCGUUUCACUUUCGUGGCUUCAUCUCCUCCAGACCCCCACCCCCAAUCAAUCCCCUCGUUUUGCUCUCUCUCUCUCUCUCAAACUUGUGAUGCAAAAGGUUGAUUCUACUAGACUGUGAAAAAUCUUGGAAACAUUUUUUUCCUAACAUUUUUCUAGAGAGAGGAAAAAGCUAAACAAUGGCUGGCGGUGGAGCUCCGAAGGCAGAUGAGCCAGCGCCACAUCCACCAAAGGAUCAGCUUUCAAGCGUUUCCUACUGCAUUAACAGUCCUCCUCCAUGGCCUGAGGCCAUCCUUCUUGGAUUUCAACAUUACUUGGUGAUGCUUGGCACAACCGUUAUCAUACCUACUGCUUUGGUUCCUCAAAUGGGGGGAGGAAAUGAGGAGAAAGCAAAAGUUAUUCAGACUCUGCUCUUUGUUGCUGGCUUGAACACCUUGCUGCAGACAUGGUUUGGGACUCGAUUACCUGUGGUGAUUGGAGGGUCGUACACCUUUGUUGCACCCACUAUAUCAAUUAUCUUGUCUGGUCGAUGGAGUGACCCAGACCCUAUAUCGAGAUUCAAGAAGAUAAUGCGGGCCACCCAGGGCGCACUUAUUGUUGCCUCAACUAUUCAAAUAGUCCUAGGUUUCAGUGGUCUUUGGCGUAACAUCACAAGGUUUCUGACUCCACUUUCGGCUGUUCCCUUGGUUGCUCUUGCUGGUUUUGGGCUCUAUGAGUUCGGUUUUCCUGGGGUUGCCAAAUGUGUUGAAAUCGGAUUGCCGCAGCUCAUCAUUCUAAUUUUCAUUUCUCAGUAUUUGGCCCACAUUAUACGCCCAGGAAAGCAUAUCUUUGACCGUUUUGCUGUUAUAUUCUCGGUAGUAAUUGUGUGGAUUUAUGCCCAUCUACUUACUGUGGGUGGGGCCUAUGACAACAAGGCACCGAAGACCCAAGCAAGCUGCAGAACUGAUCGUGCUGGACUUAUUAAUGCUGCUCCAUGGAUAAGAGUUCCAUACCCAUUUCAAUGGGGAGGACCUUCAUUUGAUGCUGGUGAAGCCUUUGCCAUGAUGAUGGCUGCAUUUGUUGCUCUUGUGGAGUCCACUGGUGGCUUUAUAGCAAUUUCAAGAUAUGCCAGUGCAACCCCCUUGCCGCCAUCUAUUCUCAGCCGUGGUGUAGGUUGGCAGGUAAACAAGGCAUCUUACAUAACCAACACUCCCCACCUCAUGAACAAAACCCCCCCUCCAAAAGUAAAAAAGAAAAAGGAAAAAAAACACACAAACAGAAGAAAAGAAGAAAUAGAAGGCAAAACCAAGGCUUUUACAUGAAUUCUGUCCUUUGAA